AUGUAUGAUGAGGCUUUGGGGAAGUCAGAAACUGAUACAGACAGCGAGCCGGUGGAAGAAUCAGAUGAUGAAACGGAAAUUGAUUAUAACGAUGAGGAUACCAACGACGACCCUGCUUCGGAAGCUCUACAAGAAGCCAAGGCUGAAAUCGAGGAUCUCUACGACUUAAUCUAUCGGAAGACAUGUGAAAUUACUUAUUUGACAAAUUUGAACUGGAGUCUGGAGGAGCACAACCUGUGUCUUGAGAAGGAGGUGGAAGUCUUGAAGGCCAAGCUGGAAGCUAUCAACAAGGAGCCUACCCGCACCUGA